AUGGGAUCUUAUUUACAUAUGUAGGGAUGGUAACAUUCACAAACUAUCCAAGGAUACCAGAAAAACGUCUAUAAUGAUAAAGAAUACUGAACCAUGGCGACCAGAGUGUGUGUACAGCUCCCCCUACAGUCGUAAUCUACUGGUCGGAAUGUUUAAUUAUCACAAAAAGACAAGCAAGGUAAUACGGUAUAACGAAAACGGUCACGUGAUACAGGCGAUACAACGCAACAAUACAGGACAAGAACUGUAUAAAUUACCUACCUAUAUAGAAGAAAACCGAAAUGGAGAUGUGAUUGUGUCUGACUUUAUUGAUUUGAGUCAUGGUACUGUAGUGGUGACAGAUCGUGAUGGAAGAUAUCGCUUCACCUACAGAGGACCUCAGUCAGGGUCCAAACUUUCACCACGUGGGAUCUGUACAGACGCAUUUUCAAACAUCCUUGUGUGCGAUUAUUUCACGGACACAAUACAAAUGGUUGACAAGGACGGUAAUUAUCUUUCAUCAUUACUUACAAGACUACAAGGAAUUGACGGUCCAGUGGGACUGAGUUAUGAUGACAAAUCACAUCUUCUUUGGGUUGCAUCAUGGAAAAACAACAGUACAAUAUGUGCAUAUAGAUAUAUAAACAGACAAAAUUAUCUGACACUGUAAUGAUUUCACUCCUCCAUGGCACCUGAUCCCACAUCUGAUGUUUUGGAGGUUAGUGUUUGCUCUGCUUCUAUUUUGUAUUGUUUUAUGGAAUUUGAGAUUGAAUAGUGUUCGUUAUUUCUUCAUCCUUCUUAGAAAUUCAUGGAUCAUGGAUCUCGACAAAUGUUGAUUCGAAAUAUCAAAGCUGAAUUUUCUUUAGGGUUCAUUUUCGUUAAUUUCAAGGUACACAGAGACCCACUAGUUCUUCUAGACAAAGAGGUAUAAUUUUUUUACAUGAGAUGUGUUACACAGUAGAUGACUGAUUGUUUCAGUUGAAGACAUGCAUUAAAUUUUUUUAUUAGACCAACGUUCUCGAAAGACAGUUCGGGAAUUUUGCUGUUAACGUUGUUCUCCAGCUUCUUCCUCAAACUACUUCUAAUUUAUAAAGUUUGCGCAGUAGCUAGUCUAUGAAAUAUAUGGAAAUAUAUAACGAACAGAGUUUUUAAAAGUCGAAAAGUCUAUUCAACAAUACAAAAUAGAGGCAGAGCAAACAUUGACCUCCAAAUCAUAAGAGAUAAGAUAGCUCUUUAUUAGUGGACUUGAUUUCUUGAUAAUUCUACCGGAAUGUAAAUUAGGCAGGUCGAUAGGUCAGAGGAUAAGGAGGCCCAAUAUACAUGCAAAACUCGUGCGCAUCUGUCUCAGUGUCUGACGCUAAGGAAGCCAAAUAUGCAUGUAAAUCUCGUGCGGCUACCUUUGUUUUUGACGUCAGUGGGCGUGGACUAUUAAAAUUGGCAUUGGAGUUCUCCUGUAAUCUAAAUCUUUGUAUACAUUUUUAAAAUCUAAAUUUACAAUUUAUUUUAUCAUAAAAUGGAAAUGUAAGGAAUCGCUGUCUAGUUAGUAUAGUAUGCCAGAGACAUCAACGAUUGUGGGAAACAUGGGAUAAUUUAUGUAAAAUGUAUGCACUGUAUGAAACAUAAAAUAUGGAGAUCACGAACAGUAUUCAAGAUCAAAAGUCUAUAGAACAAUAUGAAAUGGGAGCAUAGCAAAAACGGACCUUCAAAACAUCAGAGAUGGGAUCAGGUGUUGUGGAGGAGUGAGUUUCUCCUGCCCACCGGUCACACCCACCGUGUGCCCCUUGUCAUGAUCAGAAAAUUACGGAAAAAUCCUUCGUCAAUUCAGUGUAAAAUCUCAUAACCCCAAUCAAUUGUUACAUCAAUGAGUUAACACCAGAACAACAGUCUAGUUUACGGAACAGAACAUUUAAUUGCAUAUUCCAUCCUUUGUGCUGUUACACAUGCUGGAAGUUUUGUUACAGGCAUGUGGAACCCACUAAAGCAAAGGCAGCUCUCAAAAAUCUACAGUUGCUGGUCAGGUGUGAUGAAGGCGUGUUCAUUCCUAAACAUGUCAGAGAUAUAUCAUUGGAGAUCGUAGGGAUCUGUCAAGAGGUGACGGGAACCUCCAGUCUGCUCUGUACUUCUACCAACAGUCUCUCAGACAAAAACAAUUUAAUAAAAUACAAAAUGUUACAAAAGGAAGAACAAUCAUUAUAAUUGCGUUACUGUGUUAAAGAUGUGAUUUUGUGUGAUACUGAUAUGGUUUACCGUUUCAAUCCUCGUAAACCACGGUCAAAAUGUUUUAUCUUUCAUCUUCUAUCUAAAAUCUAGUUUAAUGAGAAUGACUGAGAGUUUUUAAAUGUUCACAGCCCAAACCCUUUAAGUUGUGAUGUGUACAGGUUUUAAUAUUUCUGUAUUGACAGUUCAUUCAGUCAUCUGACGAUGAUUAAAACUAAACUCUUCCCUUU